AAACAAAACAAAAUAUGUCCGCUAAUCACACGACUCUCCAUAGCUCCGGGGAUGAGGAGCCAAAUCACGAGUUGUAUUCUGCAGCGGUGCACAAGCUCGUGGUGUUAAUGAACGCCGGUGUUUUUGGAUUUCUCCAGCUCAGCGACCUGUCGGCUAUCGGAACCAAUGCAGUUGUCUCUACAUCUGUUAUGUUCGAGACUCAUCGAGCCACUUUCCUUUGUUACUGGGUUCUCAUAUUGAUCUACGCCUUUCUUCGUAUCUACGAGAUCAAACUUCGCAUCGUAUCGUUUCGCAUGCUCGUGGGACAUAUAAGCCAUCUCUUUGGUGCUCUCGCAGCUCUCUUGCUCAUAUCUGUUGUGUCUUCCAUCUUUUCUCUUAUCGUUGUUCCCCUAUGGCUUGCGUGGCUCUUCGCCGUAUUGUACAUAGCUUUCCGAGAUGUCAUAAAUCUACCAGCAAAUUCAUUGGGUGGUGUUGACCCACCAAACCAACUAGUGUCGGUCUAGGGUCACUAUCUCAUGUUGCUUUCUGACUACAUUUGUGUUUGUUGUUUAUUCAUGUCCCUAUGACGAUUGUGAGCAUCCUAUUUGUUGGUGUUUGUUAUAUAAAUAAAACAGAAAAGAGAGUGAUUUAUUGU